GUGUUUGUUUGACAAAUGAGUUUUGUUAUUGCGAACAUUCGUAUUGUGUACGGCGACAAGGAUUUUAUGCGUUAUUUUGAUGAAAAUAAAUUUUUUUUCCACAAAUUUAGGCGACUUUUAAAAUUUGAUAGAAAAACUGGGCGAGAAUGGAGACGGAAAAACCAAAGCCGAGGCCAAAAACACCACCAACAAAGCGAAAAUCAAGGGCCGCCAAACUGAGCAAGGAACAGCUUUUGAUAGCGCUUCAAAAGAAGAAAGAGUGUAAUGCUCGUGCCCAGAAAAUUGUCGAAACUCUACUUGAUCCAGUGCCACCCGAGAAGGUUGAAUACUUCCUGUCUCGUUUGAUCCACUUAAACCAAGCACAUUACGAUGACAUCGUUGAGGAGCGAUCAAUAGUCAAACUAUGCGGCUAUCCAGUGUGCGAUACAACCUUGGCCAACAUUCCGAAGCAGCAGUACAGCAUCGCUAGUUCACGGAAUAAAGUCUACGACAUAACCGAGCGUAAAAAGUUCUGCAGUAAUAAAUGCUACAAAUCAUCCGUGUAUCUAAAGGAGCAAAUCCUAACGACACCAUUGUGGGUGCGCAGAGAUGAUGAUAUUAUACCUGAAUUUAAGCUGCUGACAUUUGAUGAUAAUGAAAAGGAAGCCGAAAAACAGCCGGAAAAAGUUGUAGAAAAUAAGCAAGAGAAAAUUGUCGAGAAACCAAAAGAAAAAUUAGUAGAGAAUCAGAGUAGAGAUAACGAUGUAGAUAAACAAGUCGAAGAAAAUGACGAAAAAAUAGGAAAAGAAAAAGAAAAGGAUAAAGCCGUUGAUGAGGGCACAGAAACUAAUUUAAGUGAAAGUAGCAUUACUUCGAAAUAGGUUGAUUCAGUUAGUUUCAUUUAUUUUUUGAUCAUUUUUCAAUAAAGUACAAUUUUUUUUUAAUGAAAGAAUGAAAUCACAAUUGAAUGUCGACUAAAUGAAUUGAAAAUGUGAUUUAAUAAAAUGAAAUUGCGUUGAUGUAAAAUGAA